AUGGGGACUGCGCUGCCCCUUUUCCUCCUCCUGCCCCUACUCAGCAGUUCACAUGAAACAGGACCAGGUAUGACUUUGCAACUGAGGCUGAAGGAGUCUUUUCCACAAAAUUCCUAUGACUCCAGCUUCCUGGUCUUGCUUGAGAAGCUCUGCCUGCUCCUCCAGCUCCCCCCAGGGACCAAUGUUACCCUCCACCAUGCAAGAUCCUCCCAGCACAUCACCUGCAAAGCCUGA